CUGACCUGGCUUCCACCACCUCAACUCUCUCCCUUUCCUCUCAGACUGUCUCCUCAUCCUCUCCUCUAGUCUCUUAAACUGACUGGAAGACAGGGGGAGAAUCGCCUCUCACACAUUGAUUAGCUGAGGACAAGGGGAGAAUCGUCCAUCACACAUUGAUUAGUUGAGAGGACAGUGGAAGAAUAGUUUCUGAGAGGACAGGAGAAUAAUAUUUUCUGAGAGGACAAGGGAAGAAUAGUUUCUGAGAGGACAGAGGGAGAACCGUUUCCUGGCAGCUAGGAAGAUGAGGAGGUUUCAGUCCAUGAGAUGGUUUCAUUUUUCCUGGUUGAGGAGAGAGACCGCACAGACUGAGACCAGCCCACUCAUACCAAAGACAGACACAUAUAGAGAGUUGUCAGGAGUUCUUCAGGGGACUGAGGAUAUCAGCACAGAAGAACAGGGUCCAGAACCAGGACCAAAUGAUGGACCAGGGAACCAGGGUAGAACCAGGGAGGUAGAACCCAGAGCCAGUAGCAGGCCUUUCUCCCUGAGAGACUGCCUUCUCAAGUACCCCUUGUUCUUCAGCAACCUCCUCUUCACAGUGCUAGGCCUGGUUUUCCUGGCCCUGGGACUGUGGGGCCUCAUCAACAAGGAAUCCUUCGCUCAGGAGAAAAUAGGACAGAUCAGCACCGACCCCAUGCUGGUGUUUGUGAUGCUGGGCUUGGUGCUGUCUACCCUCUGCCUGUCAGGCUGUGUGGGGGCUCUGAGAGAGAACUGCUGCCUGCUCCAGGUCUUCUCAGCCACCGUGCUGGUCCUGGUAGCAGCCCAGGUCCUAGCGGCCAUCGUGGCCUACAGCCUGCAGGGACAGAUAGAGGGAUACCUGAGGUCAGGUAUGCUGGCUGCCAUGGUACGUUACCAGGAUGACCUGGACCUGAGGUUCAUCACAGAUGAGAUCCAGAUAGGACUGCAGUGCUGCGGGGCCGACAGCUACAGAGACUGGGAGGUCAACAUGUACUAUAACUGCUCUGCCCCGGGGGUGCUGUCCUGUGGGGUCCCUGCUACCUGCUGUGUGAACCCCCUGGAGAACGGCACGGUGUGGAACUCCCAGUGUGGAGUAGGAUCCCAGCAGCUGGAUGAAUUCUCUGCCCAGAGCGUCAUCUUUCUGGGGGGCUGUCUGGGGGGCAUGUCCCGCUGGAUAGAGCAGCACACAGGCCUGAUAGGAGCCGUGGGUAUCGUCCUACUGGGGGUUCAGAUCAUCACUCUGUUCAUCACCACACAACUGAUGGAUAACAUCCAGUGCAGUAAAGCUACAAGAUAAUAACAUAUAGUGGAGUAAAGCUACAAUUUAACAUCUGGUUGAGUAAAGCUACAAUUUAACAUCUGGUGGAGUAAAGCUACAAUUUAACAUCUGUUGGAGUAAAGCUACAAUUUAACAUCUGGUUGAGUAAAGCUACAAUUUAACAUCUGGUGGAGUAAAGCUACAAUUUAACAUCUGGUUGAGUAAAGCUACAAUAUAAUAACAACUAGUGGAGUAAAGCUACAAUUUAACAUCUGGUGGAGUAAAGCUACAAUAUAAUAACAUCUAGUGGAGUAAAGCUACAAUAUAUCAAAAUCUAGUGGAGUAAAGCUAAAAGAUAACAUAUAUUGGAGUAAAGCUACAAGAUAACAUCUAGUGGAGUAAAGCUACAAGAUAACAUCUAGUGGAGUAAAGCUACAAGAUAACAUCUAGUGGAGUAAAGUUACAAGAUAACAUCUAGUGGAGUAAAGCUACAAUUUAACAUCUGGUGGAGUAAAGCUACAAUUUAACAUCUGGUGGAGUAAAGCUACAAUAUAAUAACAUAUAGUGGAGUAAAGCUACAAGAUAACAUCUAGUGGAGUAAAGAUACAAGAUAACAUCUAGUAGAGUAAAGCUACGAUAUAAUAAUAUCUACUGGAGUAAAGCUACAGGAUAACAUCUAGUGAAGUAAAGCUACAAUAUAAUAACAUAUAGUGAAGUUAUGCUACAAGAUAACAUCUAGUGAAGUAAAGCUACAAUAUAAUAAUAUCUAGUGAAGUAAAGCUACAAUAUAAUAAUAUCAAGUGGAGUAAAGCUACACGAUAACAUCUAGUGGAGAAAAGCUACAAUAUUAUAAUAUCUAGUGAAGUAAAGCUGCAAUAUAAUAAUAUCUAGUGGAGUAAAGCUACAAUAUAAUAACAUCUAGUGGAGUAAAGCUACAAUAUAACAUCUAGUGGAGUAUAGAUGCAAGAUAACAUCUAGUGGAGUAUAGAUGCAAGAUAACAUCUAGUGGAGUAAAGUUACAAUAUAAUAACAUCUAGUGGAGUAAAGUUACAAUAUAAUAACAUCUAGUGGAGUAAAGCUACAAGAUAACAUAUAGUGGAGUAAAGCUACAAGAUAACAUAUAGUGGAGUAAAGCUACAAGAUAACAUCUAGUGGAGUAAAGAUACAAGAUAACAUCUAGUGGAGUAAAGCUAUAAAAUAACAUAUAGUGAAAUAAAGCUACAAUAUAAUAAUAUCUAGUGGAGUAAAGCUACAAUAUAAUAUCUAGUGGAGUAAAGCUACAAGAUAAUAACAUAGAGUGGAGUAUAAUGCAAGAUAACAUAUAGUGGAGUAAAGCUAGAAGAUAACAUAUAGUGUAGUAAAGAUACAAGAUAACAUCUAGUGGAAUAAAGCUAUAAGAUAACAUAUAGUGAAGUAAAGCAACAAGAUAACAUCUAGUGGAGUAAAGCUACAAGAUAACAUCUAGUGAAGUAAAGCUACAAUAUAAUAACAUCUAGUGAAGUAAAGCUACAAGAUAACAUCUAGUGAAGUAAAGCUACAAUAUAAUAACAUCUAGUGAAGUAAAGCUACAAGAUAACAUCUAUUGAAGUAAAGCUACAAUAUAAUAAUAUCUAGUGAAGUAAAGCUACAAUAUAAUAAUAUCUAGUGGAGUAAAGCUACACGAUAACAUCUAGUGGAGUAAAGCUACAAUAUAAUACUAUCUAGUGGAGUAAAGAUACAAAAUAACAUCUAGUGGAGUAAAGAUACAAGAUAAUAUUUAGUGAAGUAAAGCAACAAGAUAACACAUAGUGGAGUAAAGCUACCAGAAAACCUAUAGUGAAGUAAAGCUACAAGAUAAUAACAUAUAGUGGAGUAAAGCUACAAGAUAAUAACAUAUAGUGGAGUAAAGCUACAAGAAAACCUUUAGUGAAGUAAAGCUACCAGAUAAUAACAUAUAGUGAAAUAAAGCUACAAGAUAAUAACAUAUAGUGGAGUAAAGCUACAAGAUAAUAACAUAUAGUGGAGUAAAGAUACAAGAUAAUAACAUAUAGUGAAGUAAAGCAACAAGAUAACAUUUAGUGGAGUAAAGCUACAAUAAAACCUUUAGUGAAGUAAAGCUACAAGAUAAUAACAUAUAGUGGAGUAAAGCUACAAGAUAAUAACAUAUAGUGGAGUAAAGCUACCAGAUAACAUCCAUAAUGCUAGCUGGACUCUUGUUAUCACUAUGUACUGAUGGACAAAAACUGUAACCAUGGAAAUGUAUUAUGACUAUUACACAGUAAAUGUCCUGGCUAGUGUGUUAGUGGAACCAUAUAAUGUAUUCGCUAGUGUGUUAGUGAAACACUACAAUGUACUGGAUAGUGUGUUAGUGGAACACUACAAUGUACUGGCUAGUGUGUUAGUGGAACACUACAAUGUAUUGGCUACUGUGGGUGUUGUAAUAGUGCAACAGAGCAGUGUUCAGUUAGGAUUCAGUUAAGAUACAGUUAGGAUUCAGUUAGAAUUCAGCAAGGAAUUUGUUAAAGGAAUUUUGUAUCCUAAUGAUAAUAAUUAACAAUCAUUAAGCCUUGACUAAUCCCCAGGGGUUGUAAGACACUGGGUUUAAAUAAUUAGGCAAGGACUCAGCUUUCUGCAAAAGGUUAUUCGGCUUUAUUCAGAGAACGUUCUGAGUUCCCAAUAACAAAGACCUUUAUUUUAUAGUUCCCUCCUUACAUCCACACACAAACAGUAGAUAACCUACGCACAUACAUACACACAAAUAUUAGAUGUAUGUUUCACUCCCCGGAUUUCUCACAACCGUUAAUCACUAUCCAGCGCUGCCCGUUCCUUUCCCCCGAGAUUAGAGAAACCUUGGAGAUACCUCCCGGUUUUCUCCAAAGUCUCUCCAAGUUUCUAAGUCGGGUAAAACAGAGGUCUACUGUUUUCUUAUCUCCCUGCUACUAAAACACACACACAUUUUGUCCCGGGCCUCUACUAGACCUUAUGGGACUAGCCAUUCAGUACCUUAAUUAUUCAUUAUCCAUGCUACAUAACUACUAAUUAAUAAUGGAUUAUUGAUUCAUUUACAUUUAUUAGAUAAUUCUCUUAUCAGAAUUCAACAUGAAGUUCCAUCGGGGACUACGUUGGAAACAAGUUGAAUCUAUUUAACAUGUGAGUCCCUUGUAUUUUUGUAAAAGACAGGAAGCUGUAAUAGUCUAGAAUGUGUCUGCCAACAGAGAGAUCUUACCAGUACCAAGACCAUCCAUCCCUGGAAUAUCAUCUCCAAACCUGAGGAAAACAAUCAACAUCACUUUGUUAUUAUAGAAGAUUAUUAGGACAAUCAUAUUAUCAACUGUAAACUAUCUAAAUGGUGUCACUGUUGAGGUUGUAUGGCUGAACAUGAAUUGUAUCACACUGUA